AUGCUCUCCCGGGCAGUGCGCUGCACCCGAGCCCGCGGUGGCCUUGGCCCCAGGCCACCGGAGGUUUGGAAACACCAGGCAUACGCCUACUUGAGGGAGGAGGCCGCAUUGGCACAGCGCCAGGCCCGGUCCAUGAUGAGGCACGUCUGGUCGAACUACGAGCAGCGUGCUUUUGGGAAAGAUGAGCUGAAACCCGUUUCCGGACGUGGAACUGAUAGUUGGGGCGGACUGGGUCAAACUUUGGUGGAUUCUCUUGACACUCUCUGGCUCAUGGGCUUUCACGAGGAGUUCGAUCGGGCCGCCGAUUGGGCGGAGAGCCACCUAGACUUCAACAAAAAUUUGAAUGUUAAUUAUUUCGAGACCUCGAUUCGUCAUUUGGGCGGUCUGGUCUCUGCCUUCGUUCUCAGCAGCCGGCCUGGCUUGCUUGGCAAGGCCAAUGACUUGGCCAUGAGGCUUGCUCCCACUUUUCCGAGCCCCCAGAGUACCAAGCAGCAGCUGUCCAUGUCCGACCUCAAUCCGGGUAGCGGAAGGCUUCAGGACUGGCUCGACGGAGCCAAGCGCUUUCUGCACCAAGUCUUGACCAACCUGACCGACACCAGCGAUUUCUCUGGAGAGUAUGACCUCGAUCUGGGCGACCUGGUCGAGGAUCCAUCCGGACAUUUCACAAACGACGAGAAGAGGGCGAAGAAGGAUCACACAGCCCUUCCCCUCUCCGAUGUGAACUUACAGACAGGCAAAACGAACGAUCUUGCAGGAUACCUCUCCUUAGCUGAGACUUAUGUGCCGCUGGAAUGGAAAGCUCUGGCGCUUCUCACAUCUAACUGCAGCUAUGCACUGCACCAAGACCAGGUCCUUCAUGUUCUCAACGAAAGCGCUGGCCUUGAAACGAGGGGCUAUGCUGCGAUUCUUUUGAAGAAGAAUGGAUACGUCCAUGGGAUGCAGGAUAAUCGCAUUUCACUUGGAAGCCGUGGCGACUCUUUCUACGAGUACUUGCUCAAGGAUGCUAUCUUCUUGGGAGCCCAUGCAAAUCCACUAACGCUGAGCGUAUGGGGUGCAUUUCGUGCCAAGCUGCGCAAUCUUCUGGUGGAGGUCGACAUGCCCAGGCAGGCUCGCAAGCUAAACCGAAAAGGCAUGAGCAAAGGCAUGCGCAAGCCCAUGAAGACUGCAUUGCGACGGCCGCAGAAGCCGACCCCAGCCAUGGUCGAGGGCGUGAUAGAGCGCUCCAGGUCACGGUCCAGGUCGCGUGAAUGCAAAUCCGAAUCUCAUGAGCGGGUUGGACGCCAGGUGCUUUAUGUGCCGCCGGAGUUGACAGGUGUGCUAAUUGGCCGUGGUGGUGAAAGCAUCAAUGCGAUGUGCAGAGAGACGGGUGCACGGAUCGAAGUUGCCAGGGAGGAUGCCGGCGCUGCCGACCGGCCUGUGACAAUCACAGGAUCUCCAGAAGCAGUGGACCGGGCAGUCCUUGCCGUAAAGAGGAUCGUGGACAGCGAAAAACGACCCCCACAAGAGCAGCGCAAGGUCAUGCAAGUCGCUGGAGCAUUUGUGGGCAUGAUCAUUGGCAGAGGUGGUGAGAACGUCAAGGCCAUGUCCCGCGAAAGUGGUGCCAAAAUAGAGGUGUCCAGGGAUGAUGGUGAUCGCGACGCAGAUAGAAACGUGACCAUUACCGGUACGGCUGAGUCCAUAGAGAAAGCGACACAGCUCAUUGAAGAUGUGAUCGGCAACCGAGCUGGGGCCUCCGACGAUGACAGGAGUGAUGCAGAGGCUCUACCGGAUCCACCGCCAGGUUUUGAGGUGAGCGAGCAUGAGGAAUGGCUCUUCAAUGCGAAGACAGAAGAGUUCUUCAACAAGAAGACCGGUGCUUUUGCUUGGCUGAAUGCAAGCACAGGCAUGUUCUGUCCCAUCAGAGAAGGUGUGCGACAUGACGAUCUAGAACUGAUUUCCGGCACAGCGGUUGCCAUCGCGAGCAGUGACAACAAAAGCGCACCUAAGACAGUGGUGAUUCCGGACCUCCAUCGCGUCGCGCAAGCCCUGAAAGCCCCUUUUGACCACGUGGAUGCACCAGCCUCCAUGAUCGGUGUGUUUGGUUGUUCGGCUGGUGACGGCCCGGGUGCGGCGCGCACAUUUCACGAGAGGCUUGUGCGGCGGAUUGCUUCGUGGCGGAGUACUUGGUUUGACCAGGCUUGGUUCGGCGCACUCACGGGUGCCAUGAUGGACGUUGUGGGCGAGAAUGGGGCCCUGCCGUUGGCAGCCGUGGCAUUGCUUGUUGGACGCAAGGUUAUAGCUGCUUCUGCACCUGGCGCCCGCGCUUGCUUAAUGGCUGGAGCUACCAGUGAUGCUUGUACUGCGGUGGUGCCCAUGGAGGUGAAUGGAUUCGUCUGCUGUUUCCAACAGCUCCCAGCCAGAAGUCCAGGUGUCGCAGAUUUGUGCAUUCCAAUUGCCCUCGUCGCGGGCGUCCCAACUCUGGAUGACAACGUGACUUGCGCUUCGGUGAGCCGGUCACUGUUUCAGAGGCGGCCGCGUGCGGCCGCCGUCGCCCUGCUCCGUGCAGCGCGCCAGGCGGGUUCUGCUGGGCCCCUGGCAGCGGCCACGGCUUGCCUUGGCGGGCACAAGGUCUUGGUUGCAGAAGAGAACGUGGACGUCGGCAGGAAAGCUGCCAAGGAGAAGAUGAAACAAAGCAAGGUGCGGGUUCGCCAGAUACUUCUUCGCUUUUGGUCGGGUAAAGGUGCGCAGCCGAUCAACCCAGUUACAAGAAAGCCCAUCACAAGGAUGCUGGAGGAAGCCGAGGUCCAGAUGCUGGAUGUCCUGGACAAGCUGCUGGCAGAGAACUCUGCGAACUUCGCAUGCAUCUGCAAGGCCUUGUCGGAAUGCGGCUCCGCAAUGCGCGGGGGAGCAGACAACGGUGAUCUUGGCUGGCUGGACCAGGCAAAGGUUGCAGCACUGGCGAAGGCGAAGGGCCAGCCUGGCGGCCCGAAGUCCGUUGUGCAGUCCAGUGUGCCCGUGGCGGUGGUUAAAGUGGCCUUCGAAUUGGAAAAGGGUGAACUAAGUGAUCUCGUGGUGUCCGAGCUCGGCGUGCACUUGGUGGAAGGUGCCAAAGGUGCGGCUGGAGCGCAGGGCGGCUGGUUCGAGUCCUCCCGCGAUAUCCCUGGAAAGUGGGUGUUCCUGAAGGAGGUCACCUUCAAGCACACAGUCCCCAAGAUGGAUCACUUGAUCUGCUUCCUUCCUGGGGCCUUAGCGCUUGACGUCUUUCAUCACGCAGUCCGCCGACUCAAUGGUACAGCAGUGCAGCCGCAUCACCUGGACCGGGACCGUGCAAUGGAGCUUACGUUGGCCCACAAGCUGAUGCAGUCGUGCGUGCAGAUGUACUUUCGCACCGUGACGGACUUGGCUCCUGAGAUCACUCGAUUUAAUGGCCACGGCCUGGAGGAUGACCACGGCUCCAUGCACAACAUCCUGAGACCAGAGACUGUCGAGAGCCUUUUCGUCCUGUGGCGGACGACGAAGCUCCAGGUUUAUCGAAACUGGGGACAGAGGCUUCUUUCCGCUUUUUAUCGCCUCAAGACGAGCUUCGGCUUCGCAAGUUUGCACAACGUCAACCAGCCAUCAUCCAAGCGGGAUGACAUGCCCUCCUUCUUCUUAGCCGAAACGCUGAAGUACCUGUUCCUGCUCUUCUCCCCAGACUCCGUCCUCCCUUUGGAUCGCUUCGUUCUCAGCACGGAGGCUCAUCCGGUGCCAAUGAUGAGAGCCAUGUCCUCGCUGGGGGUGGAGUGGCCCUGCCAAGCGGGCCUCCGCGCCCAGGCGGCCCAGGCCCCGCAGUCACAAUCGCUUUCCGGACAGACGACGGAGGAGCUGCUCGAAGCCUUUCGGAUACUCUCGCAGUCGUUGCUUUCCCGCACUGCGACAGCAGUGUGGGUAUUCAUCCGAACUCACCAACUUGUGGGACCCUUCAUUUGCGGUGAGUCUCUGUCUCUGCUGGUGAUUGGACAAGUAGCCCGAUGUAGCCCACGGCGUUGGACUUGGGAACGCUGGCGAUGGCGCCGCGGACCCACGAACGUGGGCACCUUCAUGCUAGCAUGGCUUGCAGCAUGCCUCGGCGUGAUCCCUUCAGUGCCGGCAGGGCCCGUGGCAGCCCUCCAGCAGCUCUCGGCCGAGGCUGUCACCAGCCCUGUUUUGGGCUUAGCAAAGGGCCAUGCCCCUCGUCCACGUGAGAGGUGGCGCGGGACCUCGGAUGCAAGCAGAACGGAGGAAACGGUUUUCCUGGACCUCCAGCUUUGCUUCAAUUCAUCUGUCGACCUCACUUCCAUUGAGUUCUAUGCUGAAGAUGUGGCGCCACUGCGAAAUGGAGACUUUGGAUGGCGAAUUGUCCAUCCCAUCCCGAGCAGUUCAAGCUCAGCGACGCAGUGGCCCGUUGCUUGCAAGGCAUUGCCGACAUUUUCCAGCGACCGCCCUGUGACAGACCAACUGCCGUCGCCGGGAGCCUAUCGAGCUGUUCUGGAACCGCCGCUGAGGCCCAGCCUGGCAUGUCAACUGCCGCUGCACCUGGUGCUGCUUGGAGUAGCUUUUGCAGGACCCUUCAAGCAUUUUGCUGCUCCUGGCAGUGCCUGGCCGCUGCUUCCCUGCAGGACUGUUGCUUCCGACGCGCCCGCACAGAAGGGCCCAGCUGGUCUGAUGGGCAUGUUGGGCGAUCGAGUUCAGCUUUGGAAUGAUGCAAACAAGAGCUGCUCUGGAGCAAUUGCUCGGGUGCCUUUGUGGUCGGUAGGCGACCAAAGGGUGACCGCAGUGACCAUGUUGGAGAACAUGACUCUCGCUGUCGCAACUUAUUUGCCCUAUCAGACAUCGUAUGAUCCCUCUGGGAUCGUUUACAUUUUCUCAGCGUCACACCUUGGCAUGGCAAGUCGCCACGACAUCCAGCUGGAGACUCGCGCAGAGAUUCUCUCAAUGCUUCGGUUGCCGACAGGUGCAACUCUUCUUGGAGGAACCGUUUUUUCGCAGCAGGCAGAGUUGAAUGGCACCAUCGAGGUGUUUGGGCCUUCCGAUUUGAUGACAGGCGGCGCUUCGAGCUUUGCUAUUGAGACGAAGCACGGCAUUGCUGAGCUUGUUUUGGUGAGCACGCAAAUUCUGGCAGCAUCGACGGGGGUCAAUGGCGAAAUACUGUUUUACGAGACAGCAGCGAUUGAACGACGAGUUUCUGUGAAACCACUCGCCGAAUUGAACCUACAAGCCGCCAUCCAUGCUCUGGUCAUAGUUGAUGGCCGUGCAGUGGUUGCCGGAGAACAUGGACUUCAGAUUUACUCACUUGACGAUGUGCUGCAAAAUCGCCGGCAACCGUCAGCCCAUCUAUUUCGUGUCCACACCGUUUAUGUGUCGCUGGCGGUGCUGCCGGGUGGCUUUGCGGCAGGCUGUCUAGAUGCCAGGAUUGAGGUGUUCCUGAUGAGCGAAGUUGUGAAAGGAGGUGUUCGGCCGCGGAAGGAGCUGUACACAAACGGCGUGCCCAGUCCCAUACUUGUCUUGGAUGACAAUGGGCUUGCAGUCGUCACUUCAUCCAACACGGUAGAUAUCUUCGACGAGAAGGUCUUGCAGGAUCAUGCUUACUUUGGAAAGCGGCCUUCGAGAGCUCUCCCUCUGGACACGCCGGGGAUCAGCAUUGCAAACUUGCCUGGGAGAGGCUUGGUCGUGGCAUCAAUGAAGCACGUCUUCAUCUUCAGUCAUGCAGGUAUGUCAUCGGCGGGGGAACCGGUCGACGAGUUGUCUGUGCCAAGACCAGUAAGCUUUGUCCAUUCAAUCUCGAAUGACACGGUGUUGGUGGGCCAGUGGGAAGGUGCUGUCGCCGUGUUCUCCACCUCCUCCGGCACACAGCCGCGGUAUUCAUCCGGACCUUGGUUUCCCCUCACGCGCUUGAAACUGGAUGUGUAUCCCUCACUCACCGGAGCGACCUCAGCCGAGCUGCUGCCGGCACUCGAUUUGCUUGCCAUUGGCGCGUGGCCGAGCGAUGUGUACUUCUUCAACCUCUCGAGCUUGCGUCGAUCGCCACCACCGUAUUUGGAGGCUGAAUCCAUGCUGAGAUCCCGAGGUGCAGUUACCGCCCUGGCUUCAUCGACAAAGUUUCUGUGGGCUGGGGCGAGCGACGACCUGUUGGUGAUGGACCUCCAGUUCUAUGGAGACACAGGGUUCAGAAGAAUCCGGAUGCCAGGUGAGAUAUGUUCACUGGCUGUUCUUUCGGAUUCGGUGGUGGCGGCUGGUCUUUCCUCGUCAUUGGUGAUCCCAGUGCUGACCCGCCGAAAGCGCGGCUGGAACUUGCUCGAGAUCAUGGACACUGCGGGGCCGGUUCACGCCCUUCUCGCAGCGGACGGCGUGCUGGUCGUCGGCAAGUCAGUUGAAGUCUGGCUCCAACUGUGGCAAUUGCGCUUGCUGUUUGCUGGUCUAGCUGUCAUCGAUGAUCGAACAGUUCUCGUCGGCUUAGAUCUUUACCGAGCAGGCGACGCACGGUCACUGUGCAGCCCUGGACUGUUUUCCAAAAGCGGUCAGUACGUUUGCCAUCCAUGCCCCAAUGGGUGGACUUCAGACGAGGGGUCAGCAAGCUGCACCUAUGCCCGGCUUCCAAUCCUCCUGAAGACAUGGAUUCCGGUCGCAUUGACUUUCAUCCUAAUCGGUGCAGUGCUAUCCCCACUGGCUGGACAGCUUUAUCUCUGCGCGUCCCGGUACAUCAACAUGGGAGAAGUUUUGGCCAAGGCGAGAUCCAGGGCUGCUACGCUGCAAUCGAUGUUGACCUGGACAUCUGCACAUGCUUCUCAGCGAGAACCGCGGCACAUGGCUCUCCGUGAUGUGCGGGUGCGUCGAUGGGUGUGGGCUUAUGCUGCCAGCACACACCUGCCCAUCGCGGUUUGGCUUGCCACGGCCCAUCAACACUGGGUAGUGGCAGGGUCCAUGCUGGCAGUCGUGUUCACAUUCCAGCCUCAACCGGUCUUGCAUGCAGACCCGUCUGGUGAGCUCACAGCUCAGCAUUGGGCUUGCCUCAGCCUCCGCUGCCUUGCCACAGCGAACAUCCUGGCCGGCUGCUCCUGCUUUUUCUUUCCACCUGCAUUUCUGCUCGUUCAUGCAAUCCCUUUGGCGAGCGUGGCUGUGAUGAGUGGCAACUGCGCCCUCGCCAACGAAAUUCACAUGUUCCUCCAGACGAGCUACGUCUCAGUUGAUGAGAUGUCGGCAGCCACUGCUGACACUGCCGGUGUACGCGUACUCAACAUGGGUGCGACUUGCAUUCAUGCGACAGCUGCCGGCGUGGCCACGUUGACUCUGGCGCAGCAUGAGGGGCAUCAAGUAAUGACCAUAUUCGGGCUUUCCGAUGCGUCUUCCGGAUCUCUGCCCUUGUACCUCUUGGUUUUCGCUUGUUCAGUAUCUUUUGCCGGGGUGGCGCUAGCCGCACGUGCCUGCGACCAGACGGAAGCGAUCGUCUCGCAUGCGACCUCCUGGGCAAGCGAUGAGCGUGUCAUUCCGUCUCGAAUCCCGGCCAGCUGCUGCUGUCGGCAGCUGCUCCUACGACUGUCUGCGUCAGUAAAGACCUGGGUACACAAGCAUUGGUUGCUGUGCUUCAGUUCGCUUUACGACACUCACACUUUCUAUGAUCGGUUACGAGAGCCACAGUCGACUUCGCAGCGUCCGUACUUUGCGCUGAUUCUGUUCAUCGGAGCCGGCACCACGAUGAUUAAUUGCCUUGCGCUCCUCCUGGACCGGUGUCGAAUGAAGCUGCCCGAGCUGGGCGACCGAAACCUGCGUAUGAGCACGCUUUCCAAGUGCCUGCUGGUAUUCAUGAAGCUGCGCGUUCUUCAACUGCCCGUGGGCGUCACGACUCAGAUGGACACCUCCUGGCUUGAUGGGUCCCUGUCGGAGCUCCCCUUAUCUGUGAUACCCGUUUGGAUUUGCUCAGAGCCUGUCUUGUGCCCAUCCUGGUGCACAUCUCGGCUCAACGGCACCUGUACCUAUGACUUACCCAGCUACAACGGCUGUUUCUGCAGUCAUCGGGUCGCCGGGAUCCCCGACUGGACGGGAAGACUGAAGGUGCUUGGCACCUGUGCGAUUUCGAUCAUCGUCAUGACCUUGCUCUCAGCAUCUAAGAUGCGCGCGAGGGGCAUAUUCGACUUGCCGAUGAUCUCGUCCAGGGCGGUGGCCUGUGCAACUAUCCUUCCGCCGUUUUUUUUCGCAGUUAAUGCUAUGUAUCUUUCCUUUCCCGACUUGGCCAAGCAGCACCUGGACUCAGCCGAGGAUUUCACAAUUUUGAGCAUCCCGGCGCUGAUUUACGCAUUCAUGGCCAACGAGAUCGCCAGGCAUGUGGAGACAGCCGCCAAGCUGCGGUGCCUGGCUGCAGGCAGUGAGCUCCAAUUGAACGGUCGCAAGGUUACCGCCGCGUGGCCACACUUGGAGCAUAUUGUUGGCACCAGCCUGGUAAGCGCCGAAGAUUCGUCUGGGCCGGUCCAAAUCUUGAGCAAUAUGCGGCUUGAGAAGCCCACAUAUAUCUGGUGUCAGCCCGCUCCGCUUCACGGGUCAGUCUAUUCUCCUUCUGGCUAUCGUGCCUUGGUCCCUUGGGCGAACUUUGCGACACUGACGGCGAUCUGGCGAGCCCGACAUAGCCUGGGACAUACCAUCAUCAUUGUCAACACAGCGUUGCUGUUGGUCUUGCUGUCUAGCAGUAUUUGGCUUUGCUUGACCUUGAAGCAAGGUGUACCCUCCACGCCAACUGCAGCAUCAGAAACUCACAGACUGGACUCGGAGAUGGACGCCACCAGAACGGCAGUGGAGCUUCAGGAGACGGCAAGUUGGCAGGGCAACAUGCCGAAUAGAGAGCAUGGUGAGGUAGAUCGGCAGGAACUGCGAGCAGGUUGA